UAUUUACCAUUUGACCCACAGUUAGCUACGAGCAUUAGCUAUUAGACAUUGUUAUUUAGUGAGACAGGUUUCCUUCAAAGCAUAUUUUAUAUGAGCAUUACAAUCUGAUUUUGUUGGUAAAAUUAGGGGGGCGGCUUUGUAGUUACUAACAGAGCUGAGAACACCAGCGUUCUUCUGAAGGCAAGUGUACCACUAGCUAAGAUUGUGAAGCUGUGUAUUUCUUUUCUUUUUCUUUAAGUCUUUGCCUGAAAGAAAAGGUAAAUGUUGAAGAUUCCUUGGUCAUCGGGGUACAUCACAGAGGUGACGGUGCGCAGGAGAUGCAAUCCGUGCUUCUGCGGCUGGCUGUAGUAGCGGUCCCUAUGGGUUUGCUACUUUCCAGAAGCAUGGCGUGGAUGUCCAGUGGCAAAACACAUGCGGAACUCAUCAGUCGUUUAAGAGAUCACGGGGUAAUCCGCAGCGAUCGUGUAUUUGAUGCCAUGCUUGCCACUGACCGAGGGAUCUACUCCAGAGAUUACCCCUAUGCAGAUUCUCCACAGUCAAUAGGUUACAGGGCUACCAUCAGCGCACCGCAUAUGCAUGCCCAUGCUUUGGAAGUCCUUAGUGACAAGCUUACAGAUGGGGCCACUGCUUUAGAUGUUGGCUCUGGGAGUGGUUACCUCACGGCUUGCUUUGCCAGGAUGGUAGGGCCGACUGGAAAAGUUGUCGGGAUGGAUCACAUUGAUGAGCUGGUACAGAACUCUGUGAGAAAUGUUCAAGCGGACGAUCCGGAGCUUCUUUCCUCUGGCCGGAUUAGGCUCUUGGUGGGCGAUGGGAGAUUGGGCUUUCCAGAACAAGCCCCCUACGAUGCCAUCCACGUUGGAGCAGCAGCACCAACAAUUCCAAAGGCAUUGCUGGACCAGCUGAAGCCUGGUGGGAGACUCGUGCUACCCGUGGGACCGGAAGGAGGGAGUCAGGUUUUGGAACAGUAUGACCGCCAGACCGACGGGACCUUCCUCAAAAAGGCCCUCAUGGGGGUGGUGUACGUCCCACUCACAGACAAGAACCACCAGUGGCCCAGUGGUGAGCUCUGACUGCGGUCUGGUUGCCCCUGAUAGGUGGCGCUGCUGCUGCAGCUCUGGGUGCCUGUAGGCCAGAGGGAAAGGCUUGACUCAUCCCGGCUCCGAGCGCUGCCUAGCAACACUCGCAAGCCCCCACCAGCCAGCUCUUGCUCUUGCAGCUCGUCUUCCCCCCCUUCGUGCUCGUCGACCAUGACAGAAACACAAGGCUGUUAGUGCCUGAUGUGAAGAUGAUGAUGUUGAUUGAGAUCGGAUAGUGAGUGAGCACUAUGAUGCUUUGCAGUUCCUUCCCUUUUAUGUUGGCAAGUUGAAAAGGACUAACAUGUGGCUUUAAGGGAAACUGAUUUGGCUUCUGUAACUGUUUUAUGAGAUUCUUGAUUUAAUUUUUCUCAUUGAGGGGUGGCUACACAAAUAAGUUUAGUGUAUGUACUAUUCAUAAAAUAGGACAGUGAUUGUUCAAUCAAAGAUGUUUAUUUGAUCAUAUGGCUGCAACAAUUAGUUGUCAACUAUAAAUUAAAGACCAGCAGUGACUGUAAUUGGAUCUUUAGGAAAAGAAAAUACCUAAAACCUCUUGAGUUUUUUAGGAUGACUCCUCUAUGAUAGUAAAAUGUCUUUGGCAUGUGCAGAAACAAGGCAUUUCACGACAUUAUUUUUGUGUAACACUGAUCAAUGUUUUUCCCCCACCAUUUUCUGUAGUUGAAUCGAUCAAACAACUAAUUGAUUAAUUGAGAAUAUAAUGAACAGAUUAAUCAACUAUCUAAAUAAACGUUAGUUGCAGCUAUAUCAUGAUGGUGCGUGAGACUGCUACUUUAAUUUGUAAAUGUUCAUUGUAAUGUUUUGUCCUGAAUGACAGUAUUCUACAGACUGGAAUUGGCUGUAUUAAGUUGUGUGCAUUUCAUAUUUAUAAAUAAAGUAACCGUAUCAUA